AUGGAACAAAAAGGCGCCCAACGGCGCUCGCUCCGAUCUCUGGCCAUUGCGUCGGCCACUCUGGCUUCUGUGUCCAUGAUUGCUACUGUCAUCAUUGUUCCACUCGUGUACAAUCAUGUUCAGCAUUUACAGUCCGUCAUGAACAGCGAAGUGGACUUCUGCAAGGUGAAAUCUCCCAAAAUCUCAAAAAAAGAUGUACACGUUGUUUUUUUCAGACUAGAUCGCGUGACAUGUGGAGAGAAAUGGUUACGGUCCAAUCUGCAACUGGAGGAGUGCCAAUCCGUACUGCCCGUCGUACACGUCGUGACAACUACGGAGCUCAACCAAUCCAGGCCAAUCCACCAGCUUCGGCCGCUGGAUCUUGCUGCACUUGCCAAGUUGGACCGCCAGGACCACCGGGACCACCAGGAAGAGACGGACGUCCAGGAGCACCUGGACGCCCUGGAAACCCAGGACCACCAGGAAGAGAUGGAGCUCUUCUGCCAGGACCUCCACCAAAACCACCAUGCCAGAAAUGCCCACCAGGACCUCCAGGACCGGCCGGACCACCAGGACCGAAGGGACUGCCGGGACCACAGGGAGAUUCUGGAACCCCAGGACAGGAUGGAGUGCCAGGACUUCCAGGACCACCAGGACCGUCGGGACCACAAGGAGCACCAGGUGUUCCAGGAGAAAAGGGACCAACUGGAGAACCAGGAAAGGUUAUCAACGGAGCCCCACCAGGCCCUCCAGGACCUCCAGGACCACCGGGACCACAAGGACCACCAGGACCACCUGGAAAGGACGGACAGCCAGGAAAAGCUGGACCACCAGGACUUCCAGGAGAUCCAGGAGAGAAGGGAUCCGACGGACUUCCAGGACCGCAUGGAGGUACCGGACCACGUGGACCACCAGGACAACCAGGAUCUUGCGAUCAUUGCCCACCACCACGUACUGGACCAGGAUAUGCUCGCCGCUAA